AUGGAAAAUGGAAAUAAUAUCACAGAAUUUAUUCUCUUAGGACUUUCUAAGCAAAAGGAAGUAGAAAUUCUCUGUUUUUUUCUAUUUUUUCUUUGUUACAUUGCAAUUUUGGCAGGAAACCUGCUUAUCAUGAUUCCUAUCACCUACAGCCAACUUAUCAACCAGCCCAUGUAUUUCUUCCUGAGUUUCCUCUCACUCUCAGAUCUUUGCUACACCUCAACCGUGACACCCAAGCUAAUCAUUGACUUACUGGCAGAAAAGAAAACCAUUUCCUACAAUGGCUGCAUGACACAACUCUUUACCAUGCACUUCUUUGGGGGGAUCGAGGUCUUCAUUCUCACAGGGAUGGCCUAUGAUCGCUAUGUGGCCAUCUGCAAGCCCUUGCACUACACUGUCAUCAUGAGCAGAUGGAAGUGUGUUGCCAUAGCUGCUGCUUCUUGUGCUGGGGGUUUCCUGCAUUCCUUUGGUCAGUUUCUGCUUACCAUCUUGCUACCCUACUGUGGCCCCAAUGAGAUAGAUCACUACUUCUGUGAUGUCUAUCCUUUGCUGAAACUGGCCUGCACUGAUACCAGCAGAAUUGGCCUUUUGGUCAUCGCCAAUUCCGGUGUGAUGGGUCUAGUGACAUUUGUGGUCUUGCUGAUAUCUUAUGCUGUGAUCUUAUACACAAUCAAGUCCUACUCCAAGGAGAAUCGUAACAAAGCUCUUUCCACAUGCAGUUCCCAUAUCACUGUGGUGGUCCUUUUUUUUGCUCCUUUACUCUUCAUUUACAUUCGACCAGCAACUACUUUACCAGAAGACAAAGUGUUUGCUCUUUUUUAUACUAUCAUUGCUCCCAUGCUCAACCCUCUGAUAUACACAUUAAGGAACAUGGAGAUGAAGAAGGCCAUAAAGAAACUAUGUUUCCAUAUUAUAGGAAGGAGAGGGAAUAGACUGAAAAACAUUCCUGCUUCUCAGCACAGAGCUUGUUGAAUAUACAUCUUCUCUACCCUAAGAACUUUAAAAUGCAUAAAGCUCGUCUGUGUCUCUUGUAUCUAGCGACAUGUAUAGGCUCAGAUAUGAAAAAAAAAAAUAAUAUUUCUUGGAUUUACACAGACUUUCCCUCUGCUGUGCUUUGUUUUUUAUGUUCUUAUCUUCUGCAUUACUGAUUCUUUGGUUCUACCAAUAAUUUAGAUGUUUAGCAGUAGGUCACUCAGAGAAGUAUGCAACCCAAAUCAGAAGAGAGCCCACACAUAGCUCAUUCUUGUGGUUAGCUCAUCAUGUUUAGUGAAGACAAUUCCAGCCAUCAAAAAAUAAUGUAAAAAGCAAUUCUAAUCUUUUACAUGCAUCACUCAGAGAAUAUUUUAAAAGAUCUCAUCUAUACCACACAACAACACUUCUCAAAAUUUUUACCUUCUCUGAUAAUCAUGUAACUGGUGCCAUUCUGGAGUUUCUUAUAUGCCUAACAUCA